AUGUCGAGGUAUCGUGAACUUAGUUAUAAUCAUGUACCUCCUUUACCGGCAUCAUCAUCUUCAUCACUACCCGUGGGGGCUAAUUCCACCGCAAAAGAGCAAUCUCAACAACGAAGGCUCGUCAAUUUUAAAUCGUACUAUUUCCAAAUUCAAAACCUAAUUAAUUCCAAUGUGCUGUUAAGUUUGAAAUUUGAGCAAUUGAAAACACCAGAAAUCUUAUCUACUUUGAUUAAGCCAAUCAUUGUGGAGAUCAUAUCAAUUACAGACAGGAGUCAAUCUCUUACCCAUCCAACACAAGUUCAUGACCCCAAAUCAAAACUCAAAAUAUCUACAUUUACCAUCUAUAUUUUACUACUACUUCGAUACGAAUACUUGAUCCAGCUGGAGAAUAACUUGAUUUGUUUUGAUUUAUUGAUCACUAAAGCCAAUGUUUGUGAAUUGUUAGCUAUACGGAUGUUGCGUGAAUAUCGAUCAUGGCAAAGAAUACAAAUGUUGUUUACCAAGCCCCCAUUGGGGUUGAUUAAUGCUAACAAUAACAGUAUGUCAUCUAUGGGAAUGAUGGACGUUAAUACUUUGGAAUUGAGUAUUUUGUCGAAACUGAAACGGUUUUUAUCACAGCCUAUUGUUAUACAUAUUUUGAAACGGUUCUAUAAUGGUGAUUUGGUCUAUGGUGGAUCUUGUUCUUAUUAUCAUAGUGUUGAAUUUCGUGAUUAUGAAAAAAGUGCAUUGUUGGGGACAAAUUCAGGUACAAGAAAGCAAGGUUCAUCAAGGUACAAUAUAUUUACUGGGGAUAGUAACAAGAGCAGUAGUGGUAUCGAGUAUUAUGAUGACAAUGACGACGGAGAUAUGGAUAUUGAUGAAACUGUAUUUGACGAUUCAGUCGAUAAGUUUUCCGUUGCACGAAUUUUCAACAGAGCUCAACUUGUACCCAAAUAUCAACAUGUUCUAAUCAACUUGAAGCUAGUCAAUUUUGCCAUUGUUUAUUUCAUUAUGAUUUUAAAACCAGCACUGCAUUCAGUACUAGUUGAAUUAUACUUUUGGCUCCUUGCGUUAAGUUUCAAUUGUGAAGUUGUUACAAAAUUGGUUAGAAUUGACCAUCGAUUUUUAAAUCUUGUUAUAUGGAAUCAUAUUGACCUACUAUUCAUUUUCAUUAUUGAUUUAUGUUUUAUUUUCAAGUUUGUUUUGCGAUCUCCACAAUAUUACCAUGAUGUGUUCAGUUUAAUUGGCAUCAUAUUAUUCCCACGAAUAUUAUCCGUUUUCAACAAUUAUCGAUUCUUCAAUUUGAUUUUAUUAUCAUUCCACAAAAUGAUUUUUAAUUUGAUUGGUCUUGUGUUGUUCUUUUUCACAUUGAUUAGCGGGUUUUAUUUCAGUUUUAUAACACUUUCGCAUACUCAAACUAGACAAGAUGUUUUGUUCAACAUGUUGAAGAUUUUCUUUGGGUUCACGCCAUCAGUGUGGAAUUAUUGGGAUGAUUUUAAUACAUUGGGGAAAAUUAUGCAAAUGAGUUAUUUAUUUUUGAUUCAAUUUAUUGUGGGGACGAUUUUGGCCAUUUGUCUUAGUGGUGUAUUCACAAAGACGAGGGAAAACAUCGAACAUGAAUUUAACUACUUUAAACUGAACAAUUUAAUAUUGUAUUUUAAGAUGGGCCAAUUGAAUCAACGCGGUGGGAUGGUGAAUAUGUAUUGUCGAUUGUUUAAGAUGCCAUUAGUGGGGAUAGUUUUGAUAUAUGAAGCGAUUACACAUGUACUUUUGAAAAGGAGAAAAACUGCCACGAAUGAUAAUGUUGAUUUGAAAAAUUUUGUGUUCAUAAAUAACGGCCAAGAUCAAUUUGGUGAUCAGUUGAGUAUUGGAUAUCCAGAUAUAUCACAAGAAGCCGUGGCCAUUAAAGUUAAUAAACGACAAGCGAUGAAGAAUCAUCAAUCGAUUAGUACAUUAGGAGGACAUUUACGAACAGCUUCAACUGACUCAUUUUUCAUUGAUCAAUUAUUGAAUCGGAAAUAUGGUACAGCAAGCUCCGCAAUGGAUAAUAAACCUGACCGAAUACAGACACAAACGCAAGCACAAGCUCACGCACAGGUGCCACUGGUUAAUCGUGUAUUUUCUCGUAAAGCCCAGAAUCAGCGACGCCAAUCACCUUCAAUGCAACAACAGCAACAGCAUCAACAGCAACUACAAAUACCCAUCAAGCUUCAAAAGUCAUUCAAUGUACCACGACGAGGAUCGGUUUUCCUGCAGGUACCACAACAAAUGAAACAACAACCACAUUCAUAUGCUCCACAACCAUUCUUUAGCUCACCACCAGCUACAGCAACACUACAGACACCAAUUCAUACCCAAGAUAUCCUCACGCGAAUAUCCAAUCUUGAGUCACUAUUAGCGAAACGUAUGGUAUCAAGCAGUGUGGAUGAUUCUAAGCUGGUGAUGAUGUAUCGAAUAAACGAAAUUGAAGCAAGACAAGGGAAUAGACUUGGAGAUACUCCCAGGCAAAGACGUGGGUAUGGUUCUGAUAUUGAUGAUGAUGAUGAUGAUGAUGAUGAGUUGCUGAUAAACUCAGAAAGUGAGGCAGAUGACCAAAGAAAUAGAGGGCCCGGUGGUAAUGAUGAUGAUGAUGAUGAUGAUGAUGAUGGUAAUGAUGAUGAUUUGGAUAGUGAGGAGUUGAAUCGAACAAUCCCAUUAAAGUUUAAUACAUUGAGUGAUACAGAAAUCGAUCAAUAUGAUAGUGAUGAAACGUUUUAA